CCUUUUGUGUUUAAUCAGCUAAUAUUCUGGUGUCCCGAAGGGAGGUGUUCAAAGUUUCUUUGUUUGCGCUAAAGGCUAAAAAAGCACGUGAUACACAAUGAUGCAGCAGCCUUUCUAUGCAGUGUAGAGCACUUGAGGAAAUUAAAAAUUUACUUUGGUGGCUUUUUGCUGGAGAAAUCUAAACUUAACUGUAUUUAUGUAGACAGAGAAUUGAGAUGUUCACAUAAGUUUCAGCUCUUCUCUUCACUGGGAACUUGUUACUAAGUGCAGGUUAGGGUCAGUAGAUUGACAGAUGAUACUCCAGAGUUUGUAGAGUUUUGAUCUUAAUAGUUUUGAUAGGUUUGGGGUUUUGUUUUUUGGGGUUUUUUUUUUGCUAAUAUGCAAAUAUGGAAGUCUUUCACAAGGUGGGAGGAAAGGGUCAACUCCCUUACAUCAGUCUCCACAGUAAUGGGAGGAAAACAGUACAACACGAACCUACUGUACUUCCCUCUUAGAGCUGUUGUUUCAUAGCUAAUAUGUACAAGAGACAACAAUUUGCACUGUAGCAAUUUAAAAUAAAGUGCUUCUAAAAUGAGAAAUUAAAACCUUAUGCCUGAACACUGUAUUCCUAAAAGGCCAGAGUGUGAAAAACUGCCUUAUGCUUAGGAAAACUGAAACAGAUUUUUGGCACAAUGGAGGAGAUUGUUUGGAGGGUCCAUGUUUUCUACCCACUGAUUCAGAGAACCGCAUAGAGGUGUAGCUACCUACAGCCUUGUAAACAAAGGCAAAGCUGAACUGUGGAUGUAGCUGGUGAUUGCUCUGUGAGUGGUGUGUAUGGCUGCAGCCAGAGGUGCAGGAAGGGCAUCAUCCUUCAGAUCUGCCGUGUGAUAUGGGAAGAGGCUUCUUGCCUCCCUGGAUAGAUAAGAUAAAAUGGGUAACUCAUCUGAUGAAAGUUCACACAUAACUGGCACCUACCGCACACAAAUAUAACAUUUAAUGUUGUUAGCUUUAUUUUUUCACAAAAAUGAGUUUGGAAUGAAUAUUCAAGUCUGUCUUCUCUUGUGGGGAACACUGUACAUCUGGAAGGCAGAUUAUAAACCUUAAUUAUAAACCUUUAUAAAUAUGUUUUAUUUGGUGAACACUGGUAGUUUUUAAAAUCUAAGAGCUAUCUUUUCUUAAUCGGAGAAAUGAAAAGUAGACUAUGAUCCAGUGGUAUGGUGAGCUCCACUCUAUGCUUUGGGCUGUUUCACUAGGCUAGUGCAAGUUAUUUUUAAGCAGCAUCUUCUGCCCUCUGGUUUUAUCAAUCUAUUUAAUCCUAAUACAGCUUUCAUCUGCCUCCCCUCUGCUGCUGCCUGCUUGCCUGUGGGUGCAUUUGCCACAUGACUGUCCUUACCAGUCACCUUUUCUCAGAAAGGCUGGAGCAGCUGCUUUUCCCUCUUCACUGGAGUAAACUGACUUGCUUUCCCAAUACUGCCAUUUAUCUGCACAACAAAUGAUUUGUGGGGUCAUGAAUUUAAAAAAAAACUACUUUUUUUUCUUAAAUACUAGGAAAGGAAUGCAAAUUUUUAAGACUUGGUUUGCAAAUAAAUCUUGAAUGGUAAAUAUUUUGCAUUACGGUCACUUUUAAACAAAGAAGGAAAGUAGCCCUCAAGUUGGGUGUUUUUGAGUUUUUGCUUUGUUUUGUGUUUUAAAGCCUUAUUAGUAAUCGGGAUCCAUUUUUACAUGUAUGCCAUGAGAAGCCUUCCUUCCAAGAGAUGCUUGAGACUGGUGUGGGGUGUGGAGCACAGCCUUCCUUCAGGCUGCCUCGCAUCAGCCGGUGCCCCGACUUCAGCCCUGCCCGCGGCCAGGUUUGGCUCCUGCGAGCUCCUUAGCGCUGACCCGGGGGUGGCACCUCCUGAAGGUCACCCCGGGCACGGCCGGCUCAAGGGGACAGCCCGAGCCGCCGUCCGACACCGGGGUGGCGGCCUGGGGCGGCUUCUGGCCCCGAGAGGUGCGGGCGGGGCGCGGUGGUUUCCGCCGGCCCCGCCGAGGGCCGGGGCUUGCACAAGCCGUCCGGGGCGGUCACACGACUGGAGCCGUCGGCGGGCCGGGCGCUCCCGCACGGCUGACAUGGAGCUGCGGGUGGCGCUCGGGCUGGCGCUGCUCUGCUCCGCGCUGGAGGCGGCGCCGGCCGCCCCGCAGCGGCCCCGCUCCGCCGUGGGGCAAUUCUGGCAUGUGUCUGACCUACAUUUAGAUCCGACUUACCACAUUACCCCUGAUCGCACCAAAGUUUGUUCUUCUUCCAAAGGAGUCAAUGCCUCCAACCCAGGCCCUUUUGGAGACUUUUUGUGUGAUUCUCCUUAUCAGCUUAUUUUGUCAGCAUUUGAAUUCAUGAACAAUUCAAAAGAGCAGGUUUCAUUCAUGAUUUGGACAGGAGAUAGCCCUCCUCAUGUUCAUGUAAAAGAGCUCUCCACGAAGUUGGUCAUUAGCAUCAUUGGUAAUCUGAGUUCUACAAUUCGUAAUUUCUUUCCAGAUCUUCAGGUUUUCCCAGCCUUAGGCAAUCAUGACUACUGGCCACAGGACCAGCUUCCUGUAACUACCAGUGAAGUUUACAAUGCUGUAGCAGAUUUCUGGAAACCUUGGCUAAGUGAUGAAGCAAUCAAUACCUUCAGAAAAGGUGGCUUUUACACACAGCUGUUUGAAUCCAGUAAUAGCCAUCAACCACUCAGGAUAAUCAGUCUGAACACAAAUUUAUAUUACAGCCCCAACAAGGUAACUGUGAAUAUCACUGACCCAGCCAACCAGUUUGCCUGGCUGGAGGAAAUACUUGAAACCUCUUCACAAAAGAAGGAAAAGGUGUAUAUAAUAGGUCAUGUCCCAGUAGGAUACUUGCCAUAUGCAAGGAAUACUACAGCUAUCAGGGAGUAUUACAAUGAGAGACUGGUAAAGAUUUUUCGCAAAUACAGUAGUGUUAUUGCGGGCCAGUUUUUUGGACAUACCCAUAGAGAUAGUAUCAUGGUCCUCCUGGAUGAAGAAGAAAAGCCAGUCAAUUCCUUGUUUGUGGCACCCGCUGUAACUCCAGUGAAGAGUGUAUUGCAAACAGAGUCCAAUAACCCUGGUGUCAGAUUGUAUCAAUACGAUCUUUUUGACUAUAGCUUGCUGGAUCUGUGGCAGUUUUACUUGGACCUCAGAGACGCCAACAAGAAAAAUGAAUCAAACUGGACAUUAGAAUACAUCCUGACUAAAACUUACAGCAUUGAAGACUUGAAGCCACAAAGCCUAUAUGAAAUGGCCAAGCAGUUGUCUAUGCCCCACAGCACACUGUUUGAGCAGUAUUACAGUAACUAUAUUGUGAGUUACGACAAAACUAUUCGCUGUGAAGAGGGGUGCAAGACCUGCCAAAUAUGCGCAAUCCAAUAUUUAGAUUACUCCUCAUACACAGAUUGCAUCAAUCAGGAGGCAGUGUGGAGAUGAAAUCUCUGUGCAGUUAAUGCAGAUAGUGACUUUAGCCUGUGAUUUAAAGAACCUGUUUUUUCUUUACCUCAAGCACUGACAUGCUGACAGGGAGCCUGUGGGACUUCUCUACAUUUCAGGGGAGCAGUAAACUCCCUAGAUCUUUCUUCUUGCAAAUAUGUUUUUCUUUAUCAUCUAAAUAAAAGUUUAUUUGCUUUGUAA